AUGCAAUUACCUCCAGGACAUCAUGGAGAGGGGGAAUCUGUACCAAGGGCUGCUUGUCGAUUGCACAAGUCCAUUUAUGGGCUAAAACAGGCCUCUAGGCAAUGGUUUGCCAAGUUUUCCUCUACUUUACUUAGUCUUGGUUUUAUACAAUCUCAAUCUGAUCACUCAUUGUUUAUCAAACAUUAUGCUUCUUUUUUUAUUGCUCUUAUUGUAUAUGUGGAUGAUAUACUGAUUGCUUCUAACAAUAUUUCUGAAGUUCAACUUUUGACCAAUAUUCUGGACAACAAGUUCAAACUGAAGAACCUUGGUCCUGUCAAGUAUUUUUUGGGGCUGGAAGUUGCACGAUCCUCUAAAGGUAUCACCAUUUGUCAACAUCAGUAUGCGCUGCACAUCUUGCAAGAUGCUGGCCUAACUGGCUGCAAGCCUAAAUCUACUCCAAUGGAGGUUAAUUUGAAGUUGUCCUCUCAAGAUGGUGAUCUUCUGUCUGAUCCUACUCCUUAUAGAAGACUCAUUGGCCGACUUUUAAACUUAACAAUUACUAGGCCAGAUCUCUCCUUUGCAGUGAACCAUCUCAGCCAAUUCAUGGCUCAUCCUCGGGUUCCCCAUUUACAGGCAGCAUACAGAAUUUUGGCUUAUGUCAAGGCCACUAUUGGUCAAGACUGGGCUUCUUGCCCUGAUAGUAGAAGGUUUGUAUCUGGUUUUUGUGUAUUUCUUGGGGCUUCUUUAAUUUCCUGGAAAUCCAAGAAGCAACACACUGUUUCACGCAGCUCUGCUGAGGCAGAAUAUCGUUCUAUGGCCAAUGCCUCCUGUGAGAUUUUGUGGUUACUACAGCUGCUUAAGGAUUUCAGUUUUCCACAUUCUUCAACUACUCAUUUGUUUUGUGACAAUCAAUCAGCUCUCCAUAUAGCUGAUAAUCCUGUCUUCCAUGAACAUACCAAGCACAUAGAGAUUGACUGCCAUUUUGUCCGUGAUUGCAUCCUUCAUGGCCAGAUUAAGACUUUCCACAUUGCUUCUCCUCAUCAACUUGCUGACAUGAUGACUAAGGCUCUUCAUUCAAGACAUUUUUCUGAGCUUCUUUCCAAGAUGGGAAUAAUUAACAUCUAUUCUCCAUCUUGA